AUGGACAACUACUACGCGGGGACGAUCUUCCACCGCAUCGUGCCAGACUUCAUCAUCCAGGGCGGCGACCCGACCGGCACCGGCGAGGGCGGCGUGUCCAUCUACGAGGACCCGGAAUUCGAGUACGACCCGACGGCGCGCGAUCCCAACGAGAAGGUCGUGCUGCGCGAUGAGCUACACAGCCGGCUACGCUUCAACCGCCGCGGCCUCGUCGGCAUGGCCAAGAGUGAGGACGGCUCCUACGGCAGCCAGUUCUUCAUCACGCUUGCCAACGCCGAGCGCGAGCUCAACGGCCAAUGCACGCUGUUCGGCCGCAUCGAGGGCGACAGCAUCUACAACAUGGUCAAGAUCGCCGAGGCCGAGCGUGUCGAGGGCUCAGACCGUCCCGUCUACCCCGUCAAGAUCGUCUCUUGUGAGGUCGGCGAGCUGGGCCCGCUGGCCGGUAAGGUCAUAAAGCGCGACCUCGCCGCGAAGAAGGCCGCCGGCGCUGCGGCAGAGCAGCCCCCACCCAAGAAGAAAAAGAAGGCCAAGGCCGCAAAGACACUCCUCAGCUUCGGCGACGACGCCGACACCGAUAUCCCCUCGCCCGAGCGCUCGCCCACUCCGCCGCCGCAGUCCGGCCGGCAGGCGUUCCUGUCGCGCACGAACGCCGAGAUCGAGAAUGUCAAGGCCUCGAUGCGCCGCACCGUGCAGAUGGGCCCAGCCGACUCCGGCCGUAAGCUGUCCGCGCUCGAAGCCAUGAUCCCCGAAACGGCGAUCCGCGGGCGCAAGCGUCCCGCGGCUGGGACGAGCAGCGCCGCCAACGGCAUCACUGGGUUUGGUAGCGGCGCUGAGCGCGAGGCGCUCAAGCUGUUUAACGCGUUCAAGGCGAAGCUCGAGAGCGCUGAUUCUACCACCACGAGCAAAACGCACACCAAGGGAAGGGAAAAGACCCCCGAGAAACCUGCUCCGGCGCAGGACGCGGACGACGAGGAGGCGCAGCUCUGCGACCUGCAUUUCAUCGCCAACUGCCAGUCGUGUAAAUCGUGGGACGACGGCGCGGAGGGCGACGCGGCUGCGCCUGCGGACGACGGCGACGCGGGCUGGUUGUCGCACGAGCUGCGCUUUGGGAAGGAUACGCUCGGCAAGGAUCUGAAGUGGAAGCAGCAGCAUCCGGACGAUGUCGACUCGUUGAUGGUGAUUGAUCCGCGGGAGCGGGAGAAGGAGAUUGUCGGCGGUCGACGACGGGGGCUGGAGCGGGAUCGCGAACGCGAUCGAAAGCGUGAGCGGGUGGGUGAUCUGGAGUGGGAGCGGAGUCGCAAGAGUAAGUAA